AUGGCUUCAGAGUCUUACUGUCAUGGGACCCGCAGUACCUCUGAAAUGAACAAGAGGGAUAUCCUGUUAUUUGCCAAGGCAUCAUGGACUCACCUGGAUGAAGAUUCUCUGACUCCAACUGUAGUAGACAACCCUCUUCCUCUUUCACAGCUUGAAGAUUCUAAAGAAGAAAAUAUUCGCCACUGGUUGGAUUCUGGGUUCUUCUUAUCUACAAGUGAAGAUUUACAACAAGACAGAGAAAAAGCAGUUUCCUUGGCUAACCCAGGAAUGGUGCAAAUGACUGUGCAAAGCUAUAUGAGAUCUCUGCAUCAGUUUUCAGAAACUCCUGUUAUGUCAAGAUGGAACAGUUUCAACUCGACCCAUUCUCUUACUAGUGCACCGAAAAGCAUCACUGAAUGGUUGGAGCUCUGGGAAAAGGAUCCAGUUGAGAUUCUGCUGGAUUUGGGGUUUGGAACAGAAGAACCUGACAUUUGCACUAAAAUCCCUUCUCGAUUCAUUAGUAAUGCUUCCGUAGCAAAAGGAAUCAACAUCCGAGUCUUUCUGGAAGCUCAAAAGCAGCGUAUGGACAUUGAGAAUCCCAAUUUAUAUGGACGUUUUCGACAACUGGAAGUCUUGGAUCAUGUGACUAGUGCCUUCUCCUCUUUGCUGAAUGGUGUUAACACCCAGCAACAGAAAUCAGAGGAGAGUAAUGGGGAAGAAAAGAGCAUGACGGACAUUGAGAGGGACAAAGCUGAGGCCACACGAGCCAAGCGGAGAAGGCUAGGUCAUCUUCUGAGAAAAGCUUCUAGACAGGCAACAAUACUUCAAAGGAGUGCUCAGGCUUCUGGAAAUUCCGAUUCAUUCAAGGAUAGAGAAGAACAGUCUCCCACCUAUGCUGAGAUGGACCGGCGCACAGCAAUCAGGACAGGCUUUUCCGAAAAUAAUACCUUGGUGGGUCUGACAGAGGAACAAUCUUCCACUGAGGAUGAUGCACUGACAUUAUCACAGGCUCCAACAGGGAAAUCUCAGGUUUAUUCAUAUAUACCUAUAAAGCAGCCCCAGCUUCCUUCUGCAUCAGAGAUGGCUAUCAAAGACAGACCAAGGAAGGAGUCCAAUUUGCUCUUGACCCACACGCUCAGAAGGGUGUCGGGUCUAAAGGGCAAGCCUCCAGAUUCAUUUGAAAUGGAAGAGAUCCAGAGCUUUGAGGAUGAAACUCCAGGGGGAAACCUUCAUGACAGCACUUCAGAAGUGCUGGUGACAAGAACAAACAGCUGCCAGUCUGACAGCAGUGGAUUUUUGGAGGAACCACCGGAGCCCUUACCUUUACGAAAUUCACCUUUUCCUGGACACCUGAACCUUAGCUGUGAUACCCAUGACCGAAAAGUAGCUCUGCCACAUAGAACAGCUCUCGCUGUGUCACACCAGGAUUUUCAUCAAAAGCCAAAGUGCCCUGUUGCUAACACCUCCACUGCAGAUUGCAAGAAUAUUCCAAGGGUGUCUAGUCCAGACAGAGACCACAAGGACCAGCGGGAAGAGACCGCCCUCUCACUAACUGUGGAAGAUGUUCUACAUCAAGUCUUCAGUGAUCAAUCAGAGGGGGUUGUCAAAGAAAUGGUGUACAAUGUGAAUAAGCAAGAGAUUAACAUUGGAAGAGGGCAACAGCAAACUCCAUGUUUUCAGGCUGGUAAUCAGGAUGUGGGAGAUACUGUCACCCCAGAACCUAACUGUCAUUUAUACUUCAGCUCAGUACCCAAAACUCCAGCUCCAUCUCACACUGAAGAGAAUGGCACAACUCCCAUUGACUUCACAAGUAGUGGAGGCUGUGCCAAACAAGAAGCAAAAGAGGGACCUUUGGCUGAGGAGGAUGCUGGGAAAGUACUUAAGGAAAAUAUCCAGGAAGGUAUUACAGAGCAUAUAAAAGGAAAGCAAUGUGAUAAGGAGAUUAUCAGUAAAGUUGAUACCCUGGUUCCAGACACCAAGGCCGCAAGUGGUCAACAGUUUUGCAAACCGGACAUCGAUAUAUACAGUAUAAGCUGCUCUUGUGAAACAGGGACACCAGAGACCCAAUGGCAGGUCUCACAAGUUAAAAACAAAAACAAGGUUAUUUCAAACAGUUCUUUACAAGUGGCUAAUUUUUCUGCUUACUGCAGAUCUGAAUUUAGUUCCCAGGAAAGCACAGAGACUUGCUGUUUGGGUAAAAUAUCAGAAGCCACCAAACUGGAGAAGAAUGAUUCUGUCCAGAAUGCUGAAAUACACACUAAUCCCUCUAAGUCUGUUACUGUUCAGAUGUCUUCAAGGCUGGUGUCCACUGUGCAAAAAGUUUCCCUGAGUGAAGGCCUUGGCAAAGGCCAGUCUUUAGAAAUUAACUCCAUCGGGUCCCAGUGCUCUGAGGGUGAGCCAGUAAUUACUUCAGAACUGGGUAUUUUGAAGGAAAGUCUAAAGGAGACAAGAGAAGCUUCAAUUCAAACUGACACAAUUGGAAUAAAAACAAGAAAUCAGUGGCCUGACUCAAAUCUUCUCCCUCCAUUCUGUAGACAUGGUCAUCUCACAAAAUCAGUCUCCCUAGACACUGGGCUUUAUGGGAAAUACAGAUCAUCCUACCAUGAAACAUUGGGUGCCCAGUCUGCCCAGUGCGGUCACAGCUGUCAUUGUGUUUGCUGCCAUCACUGCUGUUUUCAGUGGGCCUUUCCGUUCACUGCUUCCUCCAAACAUCUUGGGGCCUGUUGUUCAAAUCACAGCACCAUAGAGUUACAGCUUUUGAAAACGUUGGAGCUCCUGCAGGAUACAGCAGUGAGGAGUAUUUCUCCAUGCACAAUCCAUGAAAUAGAAGCUAUGAAGAGUUCUUGCCAGAGUUUCCGGGAGAAACUAGAUGAGAUUGAGCAACACCUGAUAGAGCAACAGGAUCUUUUUUCCAGUGCUAUGUCAGAUGAAGGAAGGGAGAAAAACAGACAACUGCAAGUCUUACGUCAAGCUGUUCGUCGUGAGGUUUCUGAACUGGAAUUCCAGCUGAAUGAUCGAUCUCGCCAGGCUAGGGAGGGAAUUCUGAUGCUGGACCAAUUACUAGGAGAACAAUCCCAUCUGUUUUCAGAGCUUGGACUCCCUGACUGGAGGGAAGAAAGAAAUGCCCAGAAUAAACAAGUUGCUCCAGAUGCCGCUGACACUACGCAUCCUAGAGCUGGGUGCUCAGAAACGGUAGUUCCAAGGCGGCUGAGCAGAAGUGAAACGUUCCCAUCAACUCCAUAUGCCUCAGUGUCGGGAACACCAGAGAUACAGUUUCCUGCUGUGGCAAUGGCGGAGCUAGACCCACAGGAACUCCCCACCAGUAAAAAGGAAAUAAAAGGUCCUCCCCAGCCAAAAAUUGACUUUAAGGCUUUUCUACAGAGUCUGAAGAAAUCGUUCCGAAAUUUUCAGUAAUGACAUAGCAGAAUGAAGAGAUUGAAGACUGACAACUGUGGACUUUUUAAAAAAAAUAGUUGUGACUUCUUCCUACAACAACCACUUUAAAGCAUCUAAGGCUUUACAAAAACAGAAUGAAACAGCUGUCAUUUGCAGCAGGGCAUUCUAUAUAUUUUUGCAGCGCAUGGACUGCCCUGAAAGAAAACCAUUUUAAGGGGUUAUCUCAAUGAGGGUGCCACGUAUUCUGCUGUUCUGUGGUCAUAGGCAAAAGGUCUGUAGUAAAUUCUAUCAUUUGGCACAGUAUUAGACGCCAGAUUGUAAACUGUCAUUUCAAAAAAACGGUUGAGCCCUCAUAGUUGUGAAGAAAAUCUUGGAAAUAUGAACCAAGUAAACUGAUGCUGCACUGUCUUCCUGUACCUGCACCCAGCGUGAGAAAAUAACUUGGAAAGGUAUUAACUGUAUAACUGCUGGUCAUUUGAGUGAAGCAUCUAGCUAACAUUAAUCCUCAACCCAAAGUGCCUCUCACACUUUCCCUACCAGCCACUAAAACCUCUAUCUUCCCCCGACAACUUCUGUGAUGGAUGUAUCUAACUUCGCUGUACAAAUCUGCAGCACAAUGACAAUGUGUGGACAGCAUAUAAUGUAGAUUGAAUUGAGUACCAAAAUAUAUAACACAGUGAGUAUCAUCCUGAUUGUAUUAGUCAUUUUCAUAUUUAAUUAAUAGAAACCUAAUUUUAAAAUAAUAUAACCGAAACCACUGCAAAAAAACCCAGCAGAACCCAAGAAGGCUACAGAUCCAGGACCACUGCUUCAGCAUUCUGGUCCAGUUUGCUGUGGAGUACACAGGGCUUUGAUCUAGACACAAAAUCUGUU